GAAGACACCAAUCUCUCAUAUUAUGAUGCGACACCAUUUGAACAAUAAGUUAGCUGUCUGAAGCUGUUGGCGGAGAAAUGAAAGCACAACGUCUAUCACACGAAGUCCUGCCAUAACCAUCAUGUCCCUCAAAGGCAAAGUCGCGAUCGUCACCGGGGGAGCCCGAGGAAUCGGCUCAGGGAUCGUCCGCAGCCUGAGCAAACUGGGUGCAAAGGUCGCAUUCAACUAUGUGUCUCCCUCCUCUCGCGAAGCCGCAGAUGCCUUGAUCGAUUCGCUCCGACAAGACAACGGCGAAGCCAUUGCAGUUCAAGCCGACAUCACCGACCCAGAUGCCCCGAAGAUCAUUAUCCAAGCCGCACUCGAAGCAUUCCAAACCGACGAGAUCCACAUUCUAGUCAACAACGCCGGCGCGGGUGACAAUCGACCUCUGGAAGAAGUGACGCUAGACAGCUACACGCGGCUCAUGGACACCAACGUGCGAGCAGUGGUCUUCAUGACACAAGCUGUGCUCCCAGUCAUCGCUCGUGGAGGGCGGAUCAUCAAUUUGUCGUCGAUCUCUGCUCGGGCCGGAUAUUCAACCCAGUCAGUAUAUGCUGCCAGUAAGGCCGCGGUGGAGGGCCUCACGCGCGUGUGGGCCACCGAACUGGGUCAUAAAUAUGGGGUAACAGUGAAUGCUGUUAAUCCGGGCCCUGUCGAUACGGAGAUGUAUCGGGCGGCUGGCGAGGUCCAUCUGGCGCGGAUGGCGGAGGAGAAUAAGAAGGUCCCAGCUGGGCAGCGAUGUGGAACGAUAGAGGACAUUGGAGAUAUUGUGUCCUUCUUGGCCGAAGAGAGGGCGCGGUGGGUGACGGGUGAUGUGAUAUGCGCCAACGGGGGGAUUUUGUAUACAUAGUCAGGAAGCUAUAGUGAAAUUUUGUGUCAAUCUGAUGUCACCAAGUCUAUUAGCCUUUUGGCUGGCCAAC